AUGCACAAAUGCACUAAUAAUUAUUUCCGAACCAUAGUCUCCGAGCAGACAACUUUUUAUGGACGAACCUCUAAAACUAUAUCACGAAAAGCAAAGGCUAUGCUUCAAAGAGCAGCUUAUACAAAAUCCGAGCUUGAUGGUUUUGCAGAAACCCUUGACAAACAUACUAGUCCCGAAGCCAAAACAUGGCUUUCAUAUUUGAUCAAUCCGCACAAAAGCAUGUUUGGAUUGGGAAAUUAUGAUGUUAACGUGCUCGAGUUGGCUUUGAAAAAAAUCGGGCUAGAAAUACAAUGGUUUGACUUCAGAAAAGACAUUCGAACGGUGAUUCAGUUCACGGAUCCAACUCUCUUUGGUCUUAUUUUGAAUAUUCCUUCUAUCCGAUUUUAUUUCUGGAGAUCCAAUCACUGGAUCGCUAUUAAACCUUUUUUCCAAGAAGGAAAACAACAAGAGGAUAUAGCAAAAGUGUAUAAUCUGGAUUCGAAGUUGUCGAGUCCUUAUGAAUUCGAGAAUUCUGAGGAGGUCUAUAAGUUUUUGGAGGGUGUCGUCUACCACAAGGAAAGGCUUAGUAGGGAGCAAACACAACUAUCCAAUGACGAAGACGACAAUGGAAUUAUACGAUGUAUAUGUGGAUACUCUGAUGACGAUGGCUUCACCAUCCAAUGUGACAAAUGUAAAAUCUGGCAGCAUGGAGCAUGUGUAAAUGUAGAUCGUAACAAAGUUCCAGAGGAAUACUUGUGCGAAGAGUGUCAUCCGCGUGCGAUGAAUGUGCACAGAGCAAAAAAGCAUCAGAAAAGUUUACGCGAGGAAUUGGGCUCGGACUGGCGGGAACCAGAAAUGGCCGAUUCUGAUGGACAUGACCAUGAUAUGAAAGACGCUAGUGAUCAUUCUUCACAACACGAGAAAGAUAGUUUUGUAGAAUCAAAGCAGUCGCGUAAUGUCCAUGGCUUUUCUCCGCUUGUAAAAGAGCGUGGUGGUGGUUCUAGUCCAUCACGCUCAGAUACCAUUUCAUCCCAGAAAAAACAAAAGAAUGGUAAACUCAUCAAACCGAUUCGUGAUUCAUCGUCAAAGGAAACAAAUAAUAAAUCAGACGAUGAAUUAGACGAAAGUGCCGAUAGUGGCAGAGAUUUCCAGGAAUCAAAUCCUGAGUAUAAGAAGGUCGAAAAAAAUGUUAUAGCAUCAAAAGAGGUUGAUGAAUUAUUUCGUAAGAUUUUGACUCAAUAUCAACGUCAAGCCCAGCAUCGAAAAAGAUCACUUUCAAUGUCAUCCAGUUCAAGUCCGAUGAAAAAUGACGAUGGAAACUCGAAUGAAAUUAUCGAAACACCCAACAAAAAGAAAAAAAGCGGAAUUGACACAUGGCAAACCGUUAAUAGCGAAGUGAACAGUAAAGACGUCACUAUACAUAAAUCAUCAACGCAACAAUCACCUUUUAAUUUGUUUCCCAUGGAACGAGAAUCUUUGCUACGUCCCCUUAUGAAAACUAUAGUGAAAAAGAUCAACUCGUCAUCAUCACGCCAAAAAGGGCAAAUUUGUUAUGGUCUCUUUGCAGAGACAAAUGUUACUUCGGGAUUUUUAUUUGAGUUCAAAGGUCAAGUCUGUCUGAAAUCGGCGUAUAAAUCUGACGGGACUAAUCAAUAUUCUUUGUUGGGUGUAACGAAACCUUUUGUUCUAUUUCAUCCAACAUUGGACCUCUGCGUGGAUGCUCGCGUCUAUGGAAAUGAAGCCAGAUUUAUACGUCGGUCUUGUCGACCGAAUGCAGAAGCCAGAAGUAUUUUUGUCCCGGGUGGAGAAGAUCAACAAGUGCAUUUAGUAGUGUUUGCUAAAUGCGAAAUUCUAAAGGGAGAUGAGAUUACAGUCGGUUGGGACUGGGAACCAAAUCAUGUGGACUUAAGUUUGAUUGAAAAUGCUGAAGGAUGUAGCACUCAAAAUGAGAUAACGAUCAAUUCCCGGAGGAAAAAGAUGGGAGAGACAGCUAAUGCCAUACUAGAAUUGACUGAUUGCGCAUGCGAGAACACUAUUACCUGUGUGAUUUAUCGAAUGCAACGGGAAGGAAGGAUCAAAACUACAAAACAGAAUAAAAAAAAUACAAGAUCCACUGACGAUUCAGCGAAACUCAAAAAAGUUGGCAAAAAAGAAAUGAAAAGACGUGAAAUCAGUUCUCGACGAGCUAAUAGUGAAGAUCACAAUAUGGAUCAGCCGGCUGCGAAACGAGGGGAAAAAGAUUUGCCGAAUAAACGUCCUCGGCAUGAAGAUACAAUUAGUCAUGACAUGAAUGGAUCCCAGUCGAACAAAGAACGAAAAUUAAAAAAUAAAAUCGAACAAAAGAAUGUCAAGAAAAAAAUUUCGGAGAAUGCUCGACGUUCGAGAGCUGAUUCAACAUCUAGUAAUAAAGGGAAAAUAAAAGUUGGCAAAAAUUCAUUAUCAACUCCUUACUCGAGGAAGCAAGAAAAGUCAAAUGAUUCGGAACUAUUAAAUUCUCCUCCUUUGACAUCUGUUGACCGUCGUAAAAAAAAUCCAAGGUCUAAGGUAACCAAAGGAUCCAACAAAAAGACAAUAGAAGAGGCUGAAGACGAGGAGGGUGCUUAUUUAUCAUCGCCAGUUUCUUCUUUGUCUUCCAUAACAGACGUGGGAUCAUCUGAGGAUCAAGAGGACAAUCAAAAUGCUUUGAAUGGCAAACUUAAUAAACCCCAAAAAAGUAUACGUGUUUCUUCAAGCAAUAAUCAAUCCCUGAGUUCUGAAUCCUCCAAAAAAGGAUCAGCAGCGACUGUAACAUCAUCAACAGCAUCUUUUGGAGACGAUAAACGAAGUGACGCUUCAAAAGAAUCUUCUGAAAAAAUCUCGCAGACAGUACAAUCUCCAAUGAUCAGUUAUUUGCCUCAUUUGCCGCUCAAAAAAUAUUGGGCCCAGCGAUAUCUUGCUCAAAAAGCUGCAAAUACACCAAAAGACACUAAUGGUGCUGUUGGAACAAUAAACAAUCAGUCGGAAGUAGCAAAAAGGGCGGAAUCAUCUAAACAAGAUAUUGAUAAUAUUAAAAACAAUAAAAUUGAGGACCAAAAAGAAGAGGUAAAUAAUAAAAUGGAUGCUGAUAACCAUGGAGAACGGGAAGUAAUUGUCCCUCGAGCUACACCGAUUGUUCCCGCGAAACGUGUGGCAGUCGAUGAUGAAUACAAGACAAAACCCAUUGUCAGUUCUGUGGAUCAUUUAGAUUCUGAUUCCAUUAACAAACGUCAGAAAAUUGAGACAGAACCACCACCAUCAUAUAAUGAAGAGGGUGAUGCUUCAACGGAAAUCGAAGAAUCAAAAGAAACACCAAAAGAUAGGAUAGAGGCCAAGCAAGAAAAUGAAUUAGUGACAUCCAUAAAAAACCCUGAAUCUGAUUCAUCGUCUUCAUUAUUAGUUCGACGUCUAAAUUCAAAGAAUCUUAAGGAAGAGUUUUCAAAACCUAGUCUUAAAGUCGCGAAUGCAAUUUCCGAAACUCAGGAAUUCAACAAGAAUUCUAGACCUUCAACUCCUAAUCAACAAAUUGAGCAAAACCGUACGCAAUCAUCUUUGUCACUAGCUUUACAAACCUCUGGAAAUAAUUCAUCGCUAGCUGUUAAUCAGAAUUCAAAUAAGAGCAAUAUAUCGGGCGAUCCUAAUCAAUCCUCUUCUGAUAUCACGGAAAAACGAACACAAUCUAUAUCUCAACCAUCAUUCUCAAGUGAGCAGCAACCUAGCAUGGAAACCAUUCCCCAUACGUCAAAUCCCGAAACUCCCACUGUCGCUCCAAGUACUCCGACAAAAUUAAAGAAAUACACUUUUGAAGAGUAUAAGGAGAAAAAAAAGAUGGAAGAAUCACUUCGAACUAGUGAUGGCGAUAACAUUACCAAACGAACACAAGAUUCCACUGACCAAUCAUCGUCGCCUCUGUUAAAAAGUAGUAGUACCAACCACAGUGGUAGUAAUAGUGGAAAGGAAAUAACUACAGAAAAUCCAAAAGACAAACUCGAUGAUUUUAACAUUUCUUCAAGCAUAUCUUCGUUUAAGUCACCAAGAUUAUCUACAAAUCAUAUCACGAAAUCUUCAAUAUCUCCCGCUUCUGAUGACUAUUUCCCUGAAGAUUUACCUAUCGAUGAAUCUCUUUCAUUAGAUACUAACAAUAAUUUUAGCACAAAGGAAUACUCGUCCCAAUAUGAAGAAAUACGCGAAAGACGUUCACCAACCUACAAAGAAUUCUCAUCAAAUAAACAGUCAAGCGAGUUUUCAUUAUCUUCUAUAAAUCCACAUCCUUUUAACGACCCACCCAUACCAACAAGCCCGCGAUCAGGUUACACAUCACCACCUCGUGCUCCUCGUCACAAUUAUAAUGGUCCAUUUCGUUCACGUAUGACUCAGCCGAAUGGCCCAUUUAAUAGAAACCUACAGAUGUCACCUGGAGAUCGUGGAAGAUACUAUAGUUCAAAUUAUUUCGGAUCUUCAGGUGUAUCUCCUAUUAGUUCUUUGCCAUCUACUCCAAGACAAGGAGCACCCCCAUCUUUACUUUCUUCAUCAGCAUCCUCACCUUAUGAUCCUGCAAAUCCAGACGGUCAUCUUUCAAAUGCUCAGAAUGAACGAGACCAAAGCGUUAUCGAUAAUAGCAAUCGAGGUAGUCCUGGUAUUGGCAGUGUGGAUUAUAAACGAGAAUAUCCACGACCUGGCGGAGAUCGAUUUGAUAGUAGAGAACGAGGUUGGAAUAAUCAAUCAUAUUUCCGCGAGAGGGAUAGACGAGACUGGGAACGGGAUCGAGAUGAUUCACGAAAAGAAUGGAUAAAGAGAGAACAUUACAGGGAAAACAGAGAAAGAGAUUAUAAUAUUGCUGGCGGUGGAAAUGGUGGCGGUAGUAAUCCUGAAAUGAGCCGGUAUCCUAUGGAUCUAAGGAGGUCAAAUGGCGGUGGCCAUCAGGAUCGAUACAACAUGAGCGGAACAAGUCUUCGCUCUCCUAUUCCAUAUAGUGCUCGCAGGGAUGAAUCAUCCAACACAACUCCACCCGGACGCAUCGAUAUGACUGAAAUUAAUUCUGGAUCGUCUCCAUUGCCUACCGGACCUGCUGCUGGUAAUGAUUCAUCUACGUCUAAUAACAGUUCUAUGCAGCGGUUUGGAAUGGAGGAGCACCGUCGAAAUCGACGAUAA